UUGCCUCCCCUUGCUCAGCGCGGCUGUUUAUAUAGACCACAGAGCCCUGCGCUGCCUCACUCACUCACUCACACACUCGCUUUUCUGCCGGGGCUCACACUCACUGCCAAGAGAUAGCUCAGCAUUUCACUCUGACAGAGGAGAGAGAGGGACAGAGAGAGUGAUAGAAGAGAGAGAGAGUGUGUGUGAUAAAGAGAGAAGGAGACAGAAAAAAAGGAGAGAAAGAAGAGAGAGAGAGAGAGCAAGAAAGAGAAGAAGAGAGAGAGAGAGACCACGGGGCUGCUCACACAUGCUCCACUCCUGACCACGCACACACACACACAGACACACACACACACACACACACACACACACACACACACACAUACACAAACACACACACCAGCAUCCUCCUUCUCUGAGCGCGCGCACACACUCGGAGCCCAUUGACUGGUCAAGCUCCCACGGAGGCACAAGACAGAUACGGUCGGCAUGCCGCUGUGGAGACUCCUCCAGGCAGUGGUUCUGCUGGGCUGGGCGACACUGGCCCGGGCUCAGGGCUACGAAGAUGACAUGGAGGACAUCGAGCCCAGCUACGUUCACGCUUACUACAACGAGAUCCCAGAUGGAGAGAUGCGAGAAGCAAUGCCCUCCUCAGCGCCCCCUACUGCUGCCCCGUCCGAGUGCACGUCCAUCGAGCUCAGCAAGUGGGACAAGCUCUUCACCAUGCUGGAGAACUCGCAGAUGAAGGAGAACAUGCUGCUGCAGUACUCCGACGACAUCAUGAAGGUUGAGCUGCAGGCGCUGCGCAGCGAGAUGCUGCAGUUCGUGACGCGCUACGGCGGUUCGUGCGCCGGCGCGGUGGAGAGCGCGGGCCGGCGGACCGGCGCGCAGCUGGACCUGCGGCUGGAGCAGGGCAUGGAGCUGCUGAGGGAGAGCGCCGGGCAGCAGCACGCGCAGCACGAGGCCGCCCUGCAGCAGCUGCUCGCCGCCAGCCGCAGCCAGACGGGACGGCUGGCCAAGCUGGAGAGCGCCUGCCUUAGCGGGAAGGCGGGUGGAGGGGCGGGCGCUGGGAGCGGCGGAGGGGGAGGAGCCAAUGACGGCAAGGGCUUCCUGUCCAGGCACCUGAUGCAGGCGACGGCGGCGGCAGCUGCGGCCGUGAGCACGAGCACUGAGGCCGGAGGUGUGGGGCACCUAGAGCAGACGCUGGAGAGGCUGACAGGCGAGGUGCGUGCCCUACGGGAGCAGAUGGAGCGCCAACUACAGGCCACCCCGCAGAACGGCCUGCCAGCAGGCUGUGACAGUGCUGUUUUCAUCCCCAUGCAUUCUGCCGAGACGUACGCACAGCUGGAACAGAAGAACGUCCAGAUGAGCGCUCUGACCGUGUGCCUGUGGGCCCGGCCGACUCAGGCGCUCAACAAGACUGUGCUCUUCUCCUAUGGCGGCGCCUGGAACCCCGUGGACGUGCAGCUGGUGCUGAGCGGCCGCGGCGCCCUCUUCACCGUGGGCGGCGAGGCUCACCUGGUGGAGGCGGCCGGCGUGGUGGAGGAGCGGCGCUGGACCCACCUGUGCGGCGCGUGGAGCUCCGAGCAGGGACUGGCCUCGCUGUGGGUGGACGGCCGGCAGGUGGCUAGUGCGCCAGGGGUGGCUGAGGGCAACACCAUCCCGGGGAGCGGCGUCCUGCAGCUGGGCCAAGAGGGCGCGCGGCAGCGGCGAGGUGCCAGGCCCCUCGAUAGCACCGCGCUGGCGAUGACGGCGGCGGCCUUCACGGGGAAGAUCACCGGCGUGAACGUUUGGGAUCGCACGCUCAGCCAGGAGGAGAUCUCCCACCAGGCCAAGCGCAGCGGGAGCACCUGCGGGAGCCUUGGGAACGUGGUGGCGUGGGGCGUCACUAAGAUCGCCCUACGCGGGGAGGCCAAACUCAUCUACUAACUGCUCAUAGCUCCCUAACUCCUACUCCAAUCAAACAGCACCCCCCCAGCCCACCCCUCCGACAUUCAGUCAAAACAAUACCACUCGUCCUCUACCAGACCAAAUGUUUUCCAUUUAGGCAAUCUAUGGAGCAUUCAUCCAGCCUUAGGAGAUGAAACACUGAUCAAACAACAUUUACCAAAGACUGCAUGGAAAGCGAUGAGGUGAAGGUUGGGAUAGAACAAAGAAUCGUUUGUGUAGAGAUCUCUCUUUUCUCUCUUUUUUUUUUUUUGGAUGGUUUUGCUGAGGACCAGUUUACAAGAUGCCAUUGGAGGGACUUUUUCUGUCUGUCAUGGU